UAGUGGGCCGGGCGGCAGCCCUCGCUCGGCGGCUCCCGUCGUCGCCCAGCCAGCCCGUCGCCGGAGUUGCCCUGCCAGGAUGCGCUGCCCUCUGGGUCCGCUGCCCGCCCCGACGCUCUGAGCCGCCCCCUCCCCCCGGACGCCCGCGGGACCAUGAAGGAGCUGCCCGGCGCUUCGCUGCAAAAGGCGUGCCGCCUCCUCGUGGUCUUCUGCGCCCUCCACCUCUCGGUCGUCUUUUUCUACUACCUGGCCGGCAACGCGCGGAGCCUCCACGGGCACCCGGACCCGCCGCCUCGUGGCCCCGCGCCCCCGCGCCCGGAGACCCCGGCCCCCGCGCCCCCGCAGACCUCGCGCCCGGUCAACGCCUCCAAGCAGCAGUGCCCGGACCCCUCCCCGCUGCUGGUUGGUCCUUUGCGAAUAGAAUUCUCUCACACUGUGAACAUGAAGAAGGUGGCGGAGGAAAACCCAGAGGUGAGGGAAGGAGGCCGCUACACCCCAAAGGACUGCACAGCACUGCAGAAAGUAGCCAUAAUUAUCCCAUUCAGAAACCGGGAUGAACACUUGAAAUACUGGCUGUACUAUUUGCAUCCAAUCCUUCAAAGACAACAGCUUGAUUAUGGUAUAUAUGUAAUUAACCAGGGAGGAGAAGAAACAUUCAAUCGUGCGAAACUUCUGAACAUAGGCUUUGUAGAAGCUUUGAAAGAAUAUGAUUACAACUGUUUUGUGUUUAGCGACGUUGAUCUGAUCCCGAUGGAUGACAGAAAUACUUACAAAUGUUAUGACCAGCCCAGGCAUCUCUCUGUGUCUAUGGACAAGUUUGGAUUUAGAUUACCUUAUAAUCAGUAUUUUGGUGGUGUGUCUGCCCUGAGCAAGGUGCAAUUUGAAAAAAUCAACGGGUUUCCCAAUAAUUAUUGGGGCUGGGGAGGUGAAGAUGAUGAUAUUUAUAACAGGCUAGUUUUUAAAGGUAUGGGGGUCUCUCGUCCAGAUGCUACCAUUGGAAAAUGCAGAAUGAUUCACCAUUCAAGAGACACCAAGAACGAGCCCAAUCCACAGAGGUUCACCAAGAUUGCUCACACGAAGGAGACAAUGAAAGCGGAUGGCUUAAACACUCUGUCAUAUAAGGCGGUGAAAAUUGAAAGAUUCUCCUUGUAUACAAAAAUCACAGUGGACGUUGGGUCACCGAAAAGCUAGUAUUGAGUGGUGUAACAGAAGACUUGGAAAAAUUAACCAGGGACUAUUCAUCCCAUCAGUUUCAUGCCUUUUGUUUUUAUUACAAUGGACAUCUCAAAGGAUGCGUUGUGUUGCCAUUCUGAGGUGUUUGUUUGCUGGACAAGCAAGAUGCUUAAUCCCAAACUUUGUUGUAUAUACAACUUUCUAGCUCUGACUUUUGUUUUCUUUAUAGGUGUAGAAACUGUAUAGAGACAUUUGAAAAUAUGUCAAUUUGUAAGGAAAUUAUGACAAAGAUGGGCUCAGUCCAUUCAGAUGAAUGGGAACUAUGUUUGUGUGCACACUUCAUUCAUUUUUUCUACAGCUUGCACAAGAGACUUUCCUGGCAAACUGUCCCCAUACCUAUUUGCUGCAGCAUUCUCUGCUGUUAAGUAAUUGUUGCACACAGCUUGGAAAAAUUAAUGCUGGACAAAUGACAGAGUAUUAUGUCAUUAUAAGCCCAUAUCUUUCCGCUCCCCCUUUCCAUUUAAAUUUUAAAUUGGGUUAACAUUUAUAAAAAUGGCCCCUUCCACACAUGCAGAAUAAUGCACU